GCACCACAUAAAAGUAAAAUAAAGGUAGUGUGUCUACCAACAACUAAAAAAAUACACUGAAAAACAAAAUUGAGGUCCAGAAAAGUUUCAUUCACACAACCAAGUACAUGUCAAUCCAGGACUCAGUCCCAGGUGUAAGUCCAAAUACCUGGCUCUUACCACUAUGAUGGUUCUCUACAGGAUGGAAAAACAUUUUUCCUCUACUCUCUUGGUUCCUAUAUCUAUACCUGGGGCUUGUGAAUUAAAUAGAAAAAAGAGUAACAGAAGAAAAGAAUUAUUACCCACUUAUACAUAGGGUAGAAAGGAAGGGGAAGCCCAAAGAAGUGGUUAGGCUUGAGAAUUUAUAUAUGCCACUUACCAAAGGGUUAUAAAUUGUGGAAAAGUGACCAGAGAAAGGGGGAAAAUGUUUGAGUUUCCAGGGACAAUCAAUUAUGGUAAAGUAAACAAAUAGGAGAAACUGCAGGAAGGCAAGAUUUGUUAGACUGAAGUUAGUACCUUCUCAGUAAUGAGUUCUCCUUUUCUUGGCAUGGAACAGGAGGAAGGACAUCUUCACAAUGGGAAAUUUAUACUCUGAUUUUAGGCAGGAAGGGGCAGACAAGGUUUCUUUUAUGACUGCUGUUUCUCAAUUGCUUUUGCCUCAAAAUAAUUCUUUACACCAUAAGUGGCAUAUUUUAGGGUGGUAUCUCCUUUAGUUCCCAUUACAUAUAACACUGUUAAAAAAGUUUCAAAUAUUUAUCAGUUCCCUGUGAGAUUUUUGGUUGGUUGUUUUUGUAGCACUGGGGGUUAAACCAGGGUGCUGUACCACUGAGCUACAUCCCCACCCCUUCUUAUUUUUUAUUUUUAGACAGGGUCUCACUAAGUUUUGAGGUGGAUGUCCUGCCUCAGCCUCUAGAGUUGCUGGGAUUAGAGGCCCUAUUAUAUGCUCAAUAUUAGAGGAUCCUUGGGCUGGAUUCUUGCCCUCAAGAAGCUCACAGCUAAGUGUGUGUGUGUGUGUGGGGGGGCCUCCCUAGUUGCAGAUAAGCCUCUCUGUGGGGAGAGUUCCCCUUGCAUUUGGGCAUAUUCUAAGUUUCAAGUGCUUCACACAUUGAAGCACUGUUCUUCUGCUUGAUAAUCACAAAUAACUCAAGGAGGCAGUCUGGUUCUCUUAUUUCUAUUUGAUAGAAAACUUACUUAGAAGUCAAAUAACUUGCCAAAAGUUAUCCAGCUUGGACAUCUGUCUGCUUUGUAGCUACAUGCACGCACACACACACACACACACACACACACACACACACACACACAGCAUGUGUAUAUAUAGCAUUCACUUGUAGAGCUGUUACUGACUCUGACUUUUUGACUCCUUAUGCAUUUACACCAACGAACAUUAGGCUGAGGCUCUCAAGGAAAAUUUAUUUCCCCCAGUUUAUGACUAAUACUCACAGGCUAUUCAUAUGCAUACUUAAGCACGUCCCUUGGACAGAAUGUCCAGGUCUCUCACGAAGAACAAGUGAACUGAUUGAGGUGGGUCCAGCAGGAUUUCCUUUGGUGGUUAUCGUGUUACCUGUCAGCCCCUGAUAUUGUACAUUUGGUAGAGAACAAAACUUCAUCAUUUCCUUCAGGGCCAUUACAAAUCCAGACCAGAAUUCUGUUUUCCAAAAUCUUCUACGACACUGCUAAGUGUGCCGGAGAAACAUGGAUUGGUUCUAACAGCCAUUCCCAACCAAUCCUCUUCUCCUUUGCUUCGCCACUGUGGGGAAUGAGCAGUCAGCCACUUUUUUCUCCGGGGCUCUGCAGCGAGGAGUGGUUACUAAGGCAAUGAGGGAAGUGUGCUGGCGCAGGGGGAGACUGCUGGGAAACAUUUUCUCUCCCUGAUAAAAGGAGAGAAAGGCUGAAAAAGGUUUUCUCUCGCAGCCUGGGCCAACUCCUUGCUUCCGGUUUCUGGGUAAGAAUAGACACGUACAGGCUGGAGGAACCGAAGAGCAGCUGGAGCAGCCAAGCGGCCAGGCUGGAAGGCAGCGCUGCGUUAACCUGCGGGUUAGGCCUUGGGGCGUGGCCUUCCCACCACAGAGGCGAGCCCUGACGUCAUGGGCGGGCCACGUUCUGGGGCGUGGCCUCCGGACUUCAGAGCACCGCCUGUCUAGGGCGGGGCUGGAGAGAAAGGGUGGGGCCGCGCUCCGUCGGGGCGUGGCCUGUGGAACCCGAGAACCCCGGCGACACGGGCCCCGGCGCGAGUCUCUGGGCGCGGGGUUCCUCCCACGCAGCCUCUCAUUCAAAAGAUGCCGAAGGGGCGGCGCGGCAGUCAGAGCCCCACGAUGAGCCAGCGGCCGGCUCCGCCCCUCUAUUUCCCUUCCCUCUACGACCGCGGCAUCUCCUCGUCCCCGCUCAGCGACUUUAACAUCUGGAAGAAGCUCUUCGUGCCGCUGAAGGCGGGCGGGGCGCCGGCCGGUGGGGUGGCUGGGGGCCGACCCCUGCCUCAGGGACCUCCGGCCCCGGCCCCUCCGCCGCCGCCUGGCCUCGGUCCCCCCAGCGAGCGCCCCUGCCCUCCGCCGUGGCCCUCCGGCCUGGCCUCCAUCCCCUACGAGCCACUGCGCUUCUUCUACUCGCCGCCGCCGGGCCCCGAGGGGGCUGCUUCACCCCUGGCCCCCGGCCCCGCCACCCCACGGCUUGCCUCCGCCUCCCACCCGGAGGAGUUGUGCGAGCUGGAGAUCCGAAUUAAGGAGCUGGAGCUGCUCACCAUCACUGGGGAUGGCUUCGACUCCCAGCGCUAUAAAUUCCUGAAGGCGCUAAAAGAUGAGAAGUUACAAGGACUGAAGACCAGGCAACCUGGAAAGAAGUCGGCCUCUCUGUCCUGAGCUGCUGCCCUCCAGAGCUGGGCAGCCGCCUCCAUAGGUGUUAGUGCUUAGAUAAUGUCUCCCAUUUGUUGUCAUUUCAAAGAUGGUUAUUUUCUGUUCUGUAUUUACUGCUGUUCUUGUUGCUCCCAGCACAUACUUCACAUACAAUACCCACUUGUGUGGUAAAUCUCA